AUGUUAGACGUCAUUGUAAUUGGAGCUGGCUUCAGUGGCCUUCAGGCAGCCUAUUCAGCGCAACAGGCUGGCCUCUCAACCGCCGUGGUUGAAGCCCGGGAUCGUGUUGGUGGCAAGAUCUGGAGUGUGCCACUCGCUUCUGGUCGUGGCUACGCUGAGCUGGGCGGAGCAUGGAUCAACAACAGCCUCCAGCCGCGUGUCUGGAGCUAUGUCCAAAGGUUUGGCCUGGAGGUGGUGACACAGCGGUUGGAAGGGAAGGCCGUCAUGCAAGAAAACCCAGACAGUCGACUGGAAUUUCCGUUUGGCGUUACACCUGAUUGGUCCGAGGAGGAGAAAAAGAACUUGGAGUAUAUCCGCGAUCACAUCCAAGCCGAGUCUUUAAAAUCGGGCUUGCCAACCGCACAGGAUGACAAUGUCAGCUUGGAUCAGUAUGUCCGUAAUCUCGGCGCCCUACCAAAGGUUGCCAACAUGGUGAACCUCUGGGCGCGGGUGAUGCACGGCUUAGAGUCAACGGAAGAAUCAGCAGGCUGGUUUAUCGACUACUGCCGUCGUAACAAGGGUCUUCUGGCUAUCAGAGCGGAUGAUUCGACCGGUGGUCAAUACAUGAGAUUCAAAGAUGGGGCACAGUCAAUUGCCGCGGGAAUUGCUCGCUUGGUGGGAGCGCAGAAUAUUCAUCUGGGGUCACCAGUUGCGUCGAUCAACCAGCAUGGCGCACAUGUAAGCGUCGUGACGCGCGAUGGCAAGACGUUUAAUGCCAGGAAGUGUAUCUUGUCAAUUCCCAGUACCAUGUAUAGGGAACUGAAUAUCACCCCUGCGUUGCCCAAGCCUGUUCAGGAGGUUACCGAUGGGACCGUGCUCGGUGACUAUAACAAGGCCAUCGUGUGUUACGAUAAGCCAUGGUGGCGUGGUGAAGGAUUCAACGGUUAUUUCGCGAGCUACACAGGUCCCGUUAUCCUGGCCAGAGACACCAGUGUGGACGAAAGAAACCACUACUCCUUGACGUGCUUUGUCAAUGGCCAGCCUGGGCGUGACUGGGGCAAGCUGUACCCGCAUGAGCGUCGCGCCGUGGUCCUGAAGCAGAUAGCAAAGAUCUUCAACGCCGAUGCCAACUCGGAGGCCUUCCGGCCGAUUGAGGUCUUCGAUCAGGUCUGGAAGCACGAGGAAUUUAGCAGAGGCGCCUUGGCUCCUGUCACAGCAAUUGGACACCUCACCAAGUAUGCGUCCGUGUAUGGUAAGCCAGUCGGCAAUAUCCAUUUCGUGGGGACAGAAUACAGCACAGAAUGGAAAGGAUACAUGGAGGGAGCGCUCUGCUCAGGAGAAAGGGGGGCUCGUGAGGUUGUGGAAGCCAUGCAGAAAGUACCAGCAAAACUGUGA